AUGACGGAUUCCUGCGCAAAUGACUGCCUGUCUCUGAUGGCCACCGCGUUGGAUCAUCUAACCCGCGUGUCCAAGGCGCUCAAGACGCGCAGCAGCGCAAGUGACGUGCCGUACUGGCUGACAGCGGCGCAGGACCAGGUGACCACGUGCCUGGACGGGUUCAGAGAGUUCUCCCCAGCAACGCUCGCCACACCCGUCGGAAAAUCUCUCCAGGCACAUGGAAGACAGACCGCCAACGCCUUUUAUCAUCUCGUCAAGGCCGCCGCGGCGCUCAAAGCGCGCACCGACGACGAGGACGUGCCGUUCUGGGUCACGGCGGCACGCGACCAGCUCGUCACGUGUCUCGACGGCAUCUGGGAAUUCUCCCUCGACACGUACAAGUCGCACGCGGGGAAAUCGCUAACAUCCCUCGGCAAGAAUCUCAAGAAAUCGUUCGACACCGCCAUCGCCCUCGCGCUCCACUCCGCCGCCGGAUCCGCGCGAAAGUUACCCCUGCGCCGCCAGACGCUUGAAGGCGGCGGUCCGGGGGAGCCGCCUUCGUGGGUGGAGCCUGCGAUGUACGAGCGCAUCAGGGAGCUUCAGGCGCGGAUGCAAGGGGAUCACGCGGAGGCGGAAGCGUGGGCGGAGCGCGGGCGGAAGCUUCAACUGGCGAAAGUCAAGAAGUUAAAGCCGAACGCCGUGGUAGGGAAGAACGAGAAGUUCAAGAAGAUUUCGGACGCAUUAAAAGCAGCUCCGAAAACGGGGCUGUACGUGGUGUACAUCAAGGCGGGGGUGUAUAGGGAGAAGGUUUUGGUGAACCGGGAGGGCGUGGUUCUGGUGGGAGACGGCGCGACGAAGACGAUUAUAACGGGGAAGGACAGUGUUGCUGGUGGAUUUACCACAUACAACACUGCUACAGUCAGUGUAAAGAAAAACUAUUUCCAGGCAGCGGGGAUAAAGUUCGAAAACACUGCAGGAAUUCAGGGCCACCAAGCCGUGGCGCUGAUGAUCGACGCGGAUAAGGCAGUCGUUUAUGACUGCUCCUUUACAGGAUACCAGGACACUCUCUACACCCACUCUGGCCGCCACAAGUCAACAAGGAGGGAUGGAGCACGUGGAACGGCGACAACAAGGGAAAGUGCGUCUACUACGCAGAGAAGGACAGCGAGGGGCCGGGGGAGGAUACAAGCCAAAGGGCCAUGUGCAAAAGCCCAGAGCAGUCACGAGUCUGCCUUUUCCCAACCCACCUCACCUUCCCACUCCUUCUCACCCCUCCUCACCCCUCCUCGCCCCACUCUCCCACAACAGCAAAUCAACAAGGAGGGAUGGAGCACGUGGAACGGCGACAACAAGGGAAAGUGCGUCUACUACGCAGAGAAGGACAGCGAGGGGCCGGGAGCGUACAAGCCGAGGGCCAAAUGGGUGAACCCGGGGCAGAUUCGCGAUGGAAAGCCGUGGGCACCCGAGCGGUUUAUUCAGCUGAGUGAAUGGUAUGACACCAAGAAAGGAGUAAUUCGGUAUCCUCCGAAGUAA